CCUGCUUCGGGUGGCUGACAGGAGUAGUGACGGCGGAGAUACAAGAGCGUGGAGGAUGUUUGUUACAUGAAGUCGCUGGUGGGCGGCUGGUUUUCUUAAACUAUAAAGGAAACAGUGCCUUUAAUGUCCAGACAUCACUUCUGUCAGCUUUCCUCCUCAUGGUUUAUAUCUCCGCUGCGCUGUAGAGCAGAGUAAUCCUGACGGUAAUGUAGCGGGGGGAGCUAACAGCUAGCUUACGUUACUUAACCUGGUACCAGUUGGGUUAAACAUCCGCUGAAGAGCACCGAGACGAAUCAACGUUAAACAAAACGAGUGGGAUCUCAAACCGGAGGAAACCUUUUAGCUGGUGUGAGCUUUACCAGCUCUCACCUUUGGGUGGUACUUGCCCCCUCCCCACCCUCCCUGUGAGUUGAAUGCAUGAGUGUGGUUGGUGACUCCACAGGGAUGGGAAGUGGAGUCCAGGAACAGCGGGCCUCACUGACGCAAGGAGAGGUACUGCCGAUCUCUUCCUCGAGUCAGUCUGAAGCAAGCUAUGAGGGCAUCAAACAUACUCGGUCUGUCCUCAACUCACUUUUCUCGGGGGCUUUAGCCGGAGCCGUGGCUAAGACCGCCGUGGCCCCGUUGGACAGAACUAAAAUUAUCUUCCAAGUGUCGUCUGCAAGAUUCUCUGCCAAGGAAGCUUAUAAGCUGAUCUACCGCACCUACCUGAAGGAUGGCUUCUUCAGCUUGUGGAGGGGGAACUCUGCUACGAUGGUGCGGGUCAUCCCGUACGCUGCCAUCCAGUUCUGUGCACACGAGCAGUACAAAGAGCUGCUGGGAGGAUAUUAUGGCUUCCAGGGGAAAGCCCUCCCUCCAGUCCCAAGGUUGGUGGCUGGGUCUAUGGCUGGGACCACAGCAGCCAUGCUGACCUAUCCUCUGGACAUGGUGAGAGCCAGAAUGGCUGUAACACCCAAGGAAAUGUACAGCAACAUUCUGCACGUUUUUGUGCGGAUCUCUCGAGAAGAGGGCUUGAAGACGUUGUUUCGAGGUUUCACUCCGACCAUCCUUGGUGUCAUCCCCUAUGCUGGUCUCAGCUUCUUUACCUAUGAAACGCUAAAGAAGUUGCAUGCAGAGCACAGUGGCCGUUUAAAGCCUUACUCUUACGAACGUCUGGCUUUUGGAGCCUGCGCCGGCCUGAUUGGGCAGUCGGCGUCCUACCCUCUGGAUGUGGUGAGGCGGCGCCUACAGACUGCUGGGGUGACGGGUCACACUUAUGGCACCAUCCUGGGCACCAUGAAGGACAUCGUUUCCGAGGAGGGGGUUAUCAGAGGACUCUACAAAGGUCUCAGCAUGAACUGGGUCAAAGGACCUAUAGCUGUGGGGAUCAGCUUCACCACCUUUGACCUUACACAGAUUCUCCUGAGGAAGCUGCAUCAAAUGGGAUAUACCUAGUAGUACCAGAGACCCGGAAAGGACAGCAACGAGAGUGGAGUGACAUUAUCCCAUAAGCUGUUUGGCGUGAAAUAGAACAGGAAAGUGAGAAAAUGUUUGUUGGUGGAAAGAAGCAAACGCACAGUGACUAACAGUGGGUUGUUAGGUUGGAAUGUAAGGUGAAUUUACCUCCUGCAGCCUGUUGCCAAGUGCAAUAUGAUCAAUUUAUUGCUUGCAUAGAAAUUGUAAUACUCCAGUCCGCUGGAGGGAGGAUUAUAUAAGUAUGGGCACAGAGGUCUUCCAUUUGUUUUUUUAGCAAUUACACCAAAGGUUAUAAUCUAAGUUUGUUGCAGAUUAUAUAUUAGUAGGUUUAAAUACAAACUAUUUUUUCCCGCCACCGUGUUUAAUAGCAUUAACCAUAACAAGUGGGUUAGUUAUGUUUUGAGGUCAAACGUUUAGAGUCAUGUUUUGUGAACUGCACCCCGUUAAGAUUAAUGUGACACCAGCCAAGCCAUUCUAUGGCAGUGCCAAGACAUUUAAGUAUUAAUGUGGCCAUAAUGUUUACGUUGAUUUCAGUGUAAACAUGUUAUCUUUUUCAAAAGGAUUGUGGCAGUCCAGUUUUCUCAGUGCAGAUACUGCGCCCCCUGUCACGUGGUCAUGAGUAACGCACGUUGAGCAAUAUGAUAAUUCAUUUUGUUCUUUUACUUUUAAUUUAACACCUGCACCUACCUGGUGUAAUCCAGGAAAACACCCACUAAUAAAUAUCACCGUUGUGAAGUUUACAGUCUUGUUGCUGCUGACGCUAUGGCAACAUGGCAAUUUGUUUUUAACGAGAGUGUUAAAGACUGAGGCAUUUUAAUUAACCUCUUUAUCUGCAUACAAGUGAUGUCUUCUAUUUGCUGUCAGUAAUGACAGCUUCAUGGUGUGUUUCCAUACAUUUUUUUUUUUUUUAAAGAGAAAAGAUGAUGGCUCUGCCUGUAAAAGGUCACCGAAUCGACAAAGUCUCCCAUUUAGGGAGGAUUCAUGGUGUGGAGUUGUAGCAGUAGCAUGUGCUGACAGGAUAAGUUGACUGGAAAUAUGCAAACACCUACUAAAUAUGUAAUUUAAAGUGUUUUCUUGUACUUUUUUGUGUUAUUAGUGUUGUCUUUAUCUAAUUAUAACAUAUUGUGUGUUAGUGUCAGACAAAGGACUCAUUUUACAGCCAAAUGGCUCAUUUUACUUUCAGUUGAGCUACUUAACACUGGGGCAUUACUGAGACAGACUGACUGUCGCUGAAGAGUGCCAAUGGUUUCUAUACUUAGAACCAACAUACCAAGGCAGGAUGGUUGAGCUGUGAGCUGCUAAAUGCAAAGCCAAGUGAAGCAGAGGGCAGGUCAUGGCAUCCACACCAGAAAACAGCAGAAAAACUGGAGAGUUGAUACACAGGGUGGUAUUUGUAUUUUUUUGCAAGUUAUUUCUGUGCCCUCCACACUUACUUGCAUUCCUGGUAAAGAUGUGGAAAAAAGCCUUAAAAUAAAUUAGUCUUUUUAUUUAUUACACAGAAAAUACAGCAUUUGAGUACAUUUAUUCACGUCACAACAUAUGUUUUUUUUUUUUUUUUUUUUUAAGGCCAACACAUUUUUAUUUAAAAUGUCAAGAGGUUUUUAUGAUGUCAUGCACUCUCAUUGGAUUCCCAGGGCCUUUAGGUGAGAAACUGGCCCACAGCAUUACUGAUCCACCACUAUACCCAACAGUGGGUUUGAGGUCCUUUUGCACAUAUUCAUCUUUUGUUUCACACCAAACCCAGUUGCGUUUUUUUAUUGUUAUUUGCCAAAGAGCUUAAUCUUAGUUUUAUCUGACCAAAGCACACAGUUUCAGUUAAAGGGACAGUAGUGUUUAGAAAUCUUCACACAAUUGACAUAAGGUCUUUUUCCUGGUAGGACAUGGACAACCCAAGAUGGUGCACUGUGCUACAGGUCUCCAACAGUUUCUUGUGGGAAUUUCCUUCACCUCCUGUAUGAUACGGGGCAUUAUGUGGUGCCAAGAUAAACUCUGGUUCUUUUGCAGUUGCCAUGAACUCUUUGUUUUGCUCUAGACUAGGAGAUUAGCUGUUCUCUUGUAUCUUUUUAGCGACCUAUAAAGAUCAGCGCACAUCUGCCGUAUUUGAAUGGAACAUUCUUUUGUUUUUUUCCCAUUUUGAAGUGUAGCUAAGAGAAAUGUCAUAAUUUUUACCUCAGAGAAAUGAUGGAUAAAGUAUUAAGACUGUAGACAUGCCCAUAGGUAUAAAAAAGUGUUUAUUAAAUAUAAAUUCUUAGUUGCCAAUGAAUGUGGCACCAGUGAUUUAAAAAACAUAUUUUUAAACUGAAUAUUUUUCUACUGAACAAAUGUACUUUUUAAAGGUAAAAAAGGUCUAACUAGAGUCUAACUAUCCUUUGAUAACAAAAGAUGAGUCCAUUUUAAAGCAUUUUACACUUGUUUUAACCUGUGGUGCUAAUGAGUGUGGAGGGUGCUGUUUAGUUGGAGAUACUGAUGCACAAAGUUGUCAAAAUGUUGACAAACUAUAAAAUUAUCUUGUCAAACUUUGUCAUUUGUGUAUCUCAGAAAAUCAUUCCCCCCCCCCCCCAGUGUUUAAUUAGUUCUGAAUAACACAAGCAGCAGAAAAGAAAAAAAAAAACGCUUUUUAUAUGCUGAUUGUUUAUUAGAGCUGGAGAAAUUAGCAGUGCUAGAGCACAAUUACAAGACGCUUAGUUUUGCAGAAUUUGAGAAUGUAAUUCAUAUCUGCAUGUUUUCCCAUUUGUUUGGCAGAUAAUAAAAACACGAUGAUCUAAGCAGCAAAGUUUGAAGUUUUUCAACAUUGACCUUUAGGAACAUAGUUUAAUAAAUGCUCACCUUUAGUCAGUCCUGUUUGAUUGCGUAGUUUGCCACAUAUCGGUGUACAGCCCUGACCUGUCCUUUAAUCCUCUGUGCAGCAGUGCAAAUCAACCUCUUCUGGUCUUAUUCUGUGUGAUAUUUUAUAGAGCUUAUUUCCAGCCCCUCACCUAUCGGCUCCAGGGAAAUAUUAACUGCCAACUACAUUAAUAUCAAGUAAUUAAUUCAACCCUGUGGUGACAAAUAAACUCUGGUCAGCUUUGAGUCUGUAACCAGUUUGACACGUGAGCCUUUGUGUGACGCUCAAAUAACACUGGGACUAAAACCUGAAUGAAGGGUAAUUCCUGACACUCAAGUGCCUUGCAACAAUAGCAUUGCUUUGCUUUGAUCGAGCUAAAUCUGCUAACCUCUGUCAAGGUUUUUACCCGUUUUGGAAGUGAUGAACUUUUAAGAAGCAGCCGUUGUUUGAAAGAGAUUUUAACCUCAGUGACUGAAUGUAUUAACUAAUGUACAGGUCCAGAUUUGCCAUGUGAAUUUUGUAAACCUAACUGCCUUGCAGAGUAUUUUUGUCUGAGGUUUUAUUGUUAUAUGAGAUUUCCAGUUAAUUCCACGCCUGUUGGGCUGAUUUAAAAAAAAAAAAAAAAAUUUAAAUUAAACAAAGACAAUCAAAAAAAAAGGUCAAAAAGUUAGAUGUUUUGCUUGUUACACAAUCAAAUAAAAUUGGAAGACUGCAGCUUUGCUAGAAGAAAAAAAAAAUCUGACACUUUCCUAUUAAGAAGACUAACAUUGUGUGCGGUGGCAGAUAAUAUUGUGACAUUUACUUUAGUGCAGCUGUUUUUGUAACUCGGUGAUUUGUGCCAACUGAAUGUAACAUAGCUACUAAACAGCCUCAUAAUGUUUCCAGUCUAUAGUGAUGAUGGUGUCUGUGGGAAAAUGUUCAAAUAUCAAAUUCUUGAAAUAAAACUGGAUGUUCACAAUG